AUGGAUCAUGUCAAUCACACCUGGACCCAGAGUUUCAUCUUUGCUGGUUUCACUGCCACUAGGACCCUACGACCUCUUGCUUUCUUUGGGACCCUGUGCAUGUAUAUCCUCACCCUUGUAGGAAAUGUGUUCAUCAUUGUCUUGGUUCAGGCAGAUGCUGGAUUGUCCACACCCAUGUACUUCUUCAUCAGUGUCCUCUCUUUUGUAGAGGUCUGGUAUGUCAGCACCACAGUGCCCACCCUGCUGCAUACAUUGCUCCAGGGACCUUCAUCCAUUUCGUCGACUAUGUGCUUUAUCCAGCUGUAUGUCUUCCAUUCCUUGGGCAUGACCGAGUGCUACCUGUUGGGUGUCAUGGCACUGGACCGCUACCUUGCCGUCUGCCGCCCACUCCACUACCAUGUACUUAUGAACAGACAUGUACAGUUAUGGCUAGCUGGGGCCACUUGGGCUGCUGGCUUCUUAGCUGCACUUGUGCCAGCCAGCCUCACUGCCACUCUGCCCUUCUGUUUGAAAGAGGUGGCCCAUUACUUUUGUGACUUGGCACCACUAAUGCGUUUGGCAUGUGUGGACACAGACUGGCAUGCUCGAGUCCAUGGGGCAGUGAUUGGUGUGGCCACCGGAUGCAAUUUUGCACUAAUUUUGGGACUGUAUGGAGGCAUUUUGAAAGCUGUGCUGAAGCUACCCUCAGCUGCCAGUCGUGCCAAGGCUUUCUCCACCUGUUCCUCCCACAUCAUUGUGGUGGCACUAUUCUAUGUUUCUGCCUUUACAGUAUAUGUGGGCUCACCUGGGAGUCGACCUGAUGGCAUAGACAAGCUUAUUGCCUUGGUCUAUACUCUUCUUACUCCUUUUCUCAAUCCCAUAAUCUAUAGCCUUCGCAACAAGGAGGUGAAGGAGGCUGUGAGGAGGGUCUCUGGCAGGAUCAGGACAAGUCUGGAGGAACCCAGAUGA